GUGGGGCCUUUGAGGGCGGAAGUGGCGGUGCAUUGUGGGCUCGUCUAGAGUUGAGCCUGAAUGGAAGUGGCGCGCCGCCGCUAACAUUACCCGCGUCCGAGCGGCUAGGGUUCGGACGCCGUCCGGGAUUCGGGUACCUCAGACCUCUGGUUCAGAGCGGACCGCGAGGAGGCGGCGGCUAGGCCGAGCGUUGGUGGAGGGGCGGCUGUGCGCGGCCCCAAGACAUGGCUCACAACAAGAUCCCGCCGCGGUGGCUAAACUGUCCGCGGCGCGGCCAGCCGGUGGCAGGAAGAUUCUUACCUCUGAAAACAAUGUUAGGACCAAGAUAUGACAGUCAAGUUGCUGAAGAAAAUCGAUUCCAUCCUAGUAUGCUUUCAAAUUAUCUGAAGAGUCUGAAGGUUAAAAUGGGCUUGUUGGUAGACCUGACAAAUACUUCAAGAUUCUAUGACAGAAAUGACAUAGAAAAAGAAGGAAUCAAAUAUAUAAAACUUCAGUGUAAAGGACAUGGCGAGUGCCCUACAACGGAGAAUACUGAGACAUUUAUUCGUCUGUGUGAGCGGUUUAAUGAAAGAAACCCACCUGAACUUAUUGGUGUUCAUUGUACCCAUGGUUUCAAUCGCACUGGUUUCCUUAUAUGUGCCUUCUUGGUGGAGAAAAUGGAUUGGAGUAUUGAAGCAGCAGUUGCUACUUUUGCUCAAGCCAGACCACCAGGAAUUUAUAAGGGUGAUUACUUGAAAGAGCUUUUUCGUCGCUAUGGUGAUAUAGAGGAAGCACCACCCCCACCUCUAUUGCCAGAUUGGUGUUUUGAGGAUGAUGAAGAUGAAGAUGAGGACGAGGAUGGAAAAAAGGAAUCAGAACCUGGGUCAAGCGCCUCCUUUGGUAAAAGGAGAAAAGAACGUUUAAAAUUGGGUGCUAUUUUUUUGGAGGGUGUAACUGUUAAAGGUGUAACUCAAGUAACAACUCAGCCAAAGUUAGGAGAGGUACAGCAGAAGUGUCAUCAAUUCUGUGGCUGGGAAGGGUCUGGAUUCCCUGGAGCACAGCCUGUUUCCAUGGACAAGCAAAACAUUAAACUUUUGGAGCAGAAGCCAUAUAAAGUAAGCUGGAAAGCAGAUGGUACUCGAGUGGAAAGAAAUGGGGCAAAAUGGCUUAAAGAGGACAUGGAUAUACUUUGCAAAAGAAAUUACCAGAGAUCAAAUGUACUGAGCGGUGAGCUAGUGAGAGAAAAAGGCAAAGUGUUCAUAAACUCCCAUGAGGAAGGAAGAAAGCUGGAGUUUAGCAGGUAUAUGAUGUUGAUCGAUGGCACAAAUGAAGUUUUUAUGAUUGAUAGAGAUAAUUCAGUGUUUCAUGUUUCAAAUCUGGAAUUUCCAUUUCGUAAAGAUCUCCGUAUGCAUUUAUCAAAUACUCUGUUAGAUGGGGAAAUGAUUAUUGACAGAGUUAAUGGACAGGCUGUUCCUAGAUACUUGAUAUAUGACAUAAUUAAAUUCAAUGCACAGCCGGUUGGAGAUUGUGAUUUUAAUAUUCGUCUUCAGUGUAUAGAAAGAGAAAUAAUAAAUCCUCGACAUGAAAAAAUGAAGACAGGGCUCAUUGACAAAACACAGGAACCAUUCAGUGUCAGACAUAAGCCAUUUUUUGACAUCUAUGCUUCAAGAAAGCUACUUGAAGGAAAUUUUGCCAAAGAAGUCAGCCAUGAAAUGGAUGGACUUAUUUUCCAGCCCACUGGAAAAUACAAACCUGGUCGAUGUGAUGAUAUUUUGAAAUGGAAGCCUCCCAGCCUGAAUUCUGUGGAUUUUCGCCUAAAAAUAACAAGAAUGGGAGGAGAAGGGUUGCUUCCUCAGAACAUUGGCCUUCUCUAUGUUGGAGGUUAUGAAAGACCCUUUGCACAAAUCAAGGUGACAAAAGAGCUAAAACAGUAUGACAACAAAAUUAUAGAAUGCAAAUUCGAGAACAACAGCUGGGUCUUUAUGAGACAGAGAACAGAUAAAAGUUUUCCUAAUGCCUACAACACUGCCAUGGCUGUGUGCAACAGUAUCUCCAACCCUGUCACCAAGGAGAUGCUCUUCGAGUUCAUUGACAGAUGUGCAGCAGCUUCUCAAGGACAGAAGCGAAAGCAUCAUCCAGACCCAGACACAGAGCUCAUGCCUCCACCACCUCCCAAAAGACCUUUGACCUAAAGACCUGCCUCUGACUUCAGGACUGAGAGGAAAGAUGAGUGAGAAAAAGUGCUGUUGUCCCAUUUUUUGCAACCAGAGAAAUUAAAAAAAAAAAAAAAAAGAGUGUGGCUUGAUGUUGAUACACAUGUGACUUAAAAAAAAAAAAAAAAAGUAUUGUAGCCAGUCUGUAAAUAUUUGAUGUUUUUGUUUCCUCAGUGCUACAGUACAUCAUGGACUUAAACAUUUUAUUUAUAUCUGAUAAAUUCAGCCUUACCUUGUGGAAUCUGAAGAUUGAAAUAUCUCAAGGUUUAAAUGAGAUCAAAAUCAAUGAAAAAGAGGCCUUGUUUAUAUAUGGAUAACUUUUGCUUUAAUUUAUAAAGUUAGCAAUCUGGAACUGUGAGUGCAUAGAACAUUGUCUUUUUUUAGAAGUUAUAUUUCAACUAUGAUAGAUUUUCCUUUUAAAACAUUUAGGCAGUGGCAUUAAACAUUCUUGCUAUUAUUUAUCAUGGAUUUCCUACAUCUCUGAAAUUCUGGUAUUCAAAACCAAAUGACAAGGUUGUUAAAUAUUGUACUGUAUUAAACAACUUGGUCUGGUUUAUAUCAUUUUAAGUUGUUUUGGAACUGUAAAAGUAAAAAAGUAAAGCUCCAUCUUGUGAAUGUCAUUCUUUCUAAAGGAAGUAUAUCGAGUCUGUGGUUUGAACUACAGUAUCAGACAUACCCAGUCUGUCCACUCUGGCAGUGGUCUUGAGUCACUUCAUAAAACAUGGAGAUAUACCGCCCAGUCCAUGUGUGGUGUUCUUCUGGGAGGCUUUUUUUAAUGCCAGGGCUACUUCUCCCUUACCUCGGUGGUAUCGGCGCAUUGUAAAUUACAUUAAAACACACAACUCACUGUGAUGAUGGGAGUGAUAUCAGGUAUAUACACAAUGUUGUAUUAGUUCCUUUACACAAAACUGCAAAGGAAAGGCCAGCCGACUCCUUUGAUUAGAAGGUAACAUCAGUGGAAGAGAACGCUGUCCCUGGAAAAUGCUCUCCCACUGCUAGAUAAAUGCAGAGGCAAAGACUAGACAUCUGUAGGAACUAAACAUGAAGGAAGCCAAGACAUUUAUUUUCAAAGCCAGAAUUUUCUCUCAUCUUCUAUUCUGGGAAUGCUAUUUCGGUUGUACAUCUGAAUUUUAACACAUUUACUGAUAGAUAAUGGAUUUAAAGAGUGGCUAAUUCGUCACGUGCCAUUGUUGAGAAACUGUGUUCUGAUUGGUUUGUCAAGGAACUCUUGAGAAUUAGCUUACUGGAGGCCAAUGUAUUUAUUUUUAGGGUACAGGUUUUAAGUAUGUGUAUUUAAAACAAAUUUUCAUUAUCUGAAUUUUAUAUAUGUAAAUGCAUAUAUAUGUGAGUAUAGGCAGCAGUGUACAUUCUUCUACUAAGACAGUGAGACAUGAAAAUCCAAACGAGUCACCUAGUAGAUUGAAUAUCUGAUAGGAUUUCUAUAUGAAACAGCACAGAUUAACCAAAAGUGUAUUUCUAUUCAUUUGAGUUUUAAUGUUUUUAAACAAAGUUUUCUCCUGCAGUGCUUUUCUAUAUGAAAUACUGGAGUCAUGCUUGGGCUUCUCCCUUUAUUGUUCCCAAGUUAUGUAAUGUGAAUUUAUUCAAAAUGCCAUUGUAGUGUUUCUUUCCUAGAGCACUUUUGUGUGUUUGAGUGCUACAGGGAUAAAAACAUCUGAUUGCUACUGCAACCAUUGAAAGGUGGAAAUUGGUCAAGGUUUCAUGGUGUCUUGUACAAAAUGGAUCUGAAAAGCCUAUGCAACUCCUGAUAGUCUGACACCUGCUUCCCCAGGAUUAGUGGCUCUUUUCACACGGUGUGAUGCUUUCUUCCAAGCUCGUGUAAAGGCAGAAGCCUUUUGCUGAUGAGAGAGCAAGCCUUUGUCAGCGAUCUUUAAUGGAGUUAAAAUGUUUAUGGUAAUUGUAACCUUUUAAAUGAGUUACGUGAAAAGAGCAUCUCAUCUUCAGUACACUCAGAUAUUUUCUCUUUGCCUUUGUGCAUUUUCCAGGACUUAAUUUUCUUAAUUUAUCUCUCCCUUUCAGUUGUAGUGAUGUAUAGUAAGUAGAUCCCAUUUAGCCCCUGAACACAUUACCAUCCAUAGUGUCAUAAAAAGUCAUCCAGAAAAUAAUCGGGGUGGAAGUCUGGAGGCACGAUUUGGGACGUCAUGAAGGAAAUACUUCUGUCUCAGCCCACUUCCUAAUAACUGUUUUCUGACGCUGAAGUUAUGUAGACAAGAAUAAGAAAACUUUACUUUCCUUUGUUAUCACAGAUAAAAGAUUUUGCUCUGUGUUUGAAAAAGAUGUGGAAGACUUGACUGCCUGGCUGGUUACAUUUGCUUUCCGUGAAAUGCUCAGAAAAUGUCAGGACAUUCCUUCUCUAAUUGUGUGUCAGUCCAUAUUGUAAUAAAACUACUGAUUUAAAAUAACA